CAUACAAAGUGCCCUCCUGACCCCAAAGGUGAAAAAUCCAGACCAGCCGGCGACAGCUGUAAGCUGCCAUGCCCUUCCCGGACAUGAACUCCGAAGCCAGGGGUCCUCAGUCUCCCCCGUCAGCCUCGAACCCCAGCGCACCCCGGGCUCCCAGACUCGAGGUCCGAACGCCAGCGCCCCCAGCCUCCCGGAGCCCCUCAACACUCUUCUCCCCGCCUCGCACCCGAACUCCAGAGCCCCGACAGUCCAGGCCCCCCAACCUCUCUCCCCGUCUGGACCUCGAACCCCAGCGCCCAGGGUCCCGCCCUCGGCCCCGCUUACGCGGUGGCACUUUACUGCACCAGCCCUGUUCGUGCUGAGCCCAAGCAUUUCUACGGGAAUUCAUCUCCAGAACAGCUCGGACAUUCUCUGACCUUUUAGUCUGAACCUCAAUGGUCACUAAAUUUCUGCAGAUCCAGCAGGGCAGUAAACGAUGAGAGAAUGCUACCUGGUUUUGCUAAAAGAAGAGCUAUCGGGCCCAUAGAUCUUGAAAUUCAGCAUAAAAUGAAAUUUUCCAUUACAGCAAAUGCAUACAAUUAUAAAUAAUUAAGCAAAACCUUGAGUGGUAAUUUAUCUGUU